AUGAAACGUGUCUCUGCCUCUUCGGCUCCGCGGCUGAGCGCUGGAGCUGCGUCCGCGGCGGGGCGCGUCUCCAGCGCCCCACACGAGAGCCGCUCAACGCUGCCUCUGCCCCAUCCGCCCAUCUCAAAGGGUGGCGCCGUUUCUAUGCCUGGCAAGGGCGCAAUAAAGGGAGGCGGCGCGGGCCUCUGCAAGGGGAAAAAAGGCGGGAAAACCAUCAGCACUGCCAGGAUGAACGACUCCUACGUUGUCUCGUUCCCGAACGCUCUGCCGGUGAAGCAAGUCAUUUGGGCGCGGGAUUCGUUGGCAGGCGUUUGGCGUCUCUGCUCAAUUGUGCAUGCAAGGCUGCGGUCCGCUCGCCCAGGAGAAGCCUCCUCUUCCAGCUCUUCGUCGAGUUCGGAGGCCCGACCAGGCUUGGAGCCUUCGCCAGAUAACUACGACUAUUACGUCCAUUUCCUCGGAUUCGAUCGACGCUUAGAUCAGUGGAAGGCUUGGGAAGAAAUCCGCGAAAACGAAUCCGAUUUGCCACCGAAUGAGCCCUGCGUCAAAGAAGUCCCCGAUUCGAGCGACGACGAACAUGCAGGGAUGGACGAGGAGUACCUGCGGGAACACGAAGAAGCGACAAAGGUCAAGAGCAUCAACAAAAUUCGCAUGGGCCGGUACAGCGUCGACACCUGGUACUUCUCGCCGUAUCCAAAGCUUUUUCAAAAUGUUCACACUCUCCAUAUUUGCGAGUUUUGCCUCACCUUCUUCAGAGACAACGACAUCGCCAUGUUUGAAGUCGACGGCAACCACUGCCGGGUGUACUGCGAGAACCUCUGCUUUCUCUCCAAGCUCUUCCUUGACCAUAAAACGCUGCGGCAUCCUGUGAGCCUCUUUCUCUUUUACGUGAUGACGGAGAUCGACGAGAAGGGAUAUCAUAUCACCGGCUACUUCUCCAAGGAAAAAUACUCGAAAAACAAUGUCUCCUGCAUUCUCACGCUGCCUCAACAUCAACGCAAGGGCUACGGCAAAUUUCUGAUCAAUUUUUCGUACGCCCUGUCGCGGGCGGAGCGAAAAGCGGGCACGCCUGAGCGGCCUCUCUCUGACUUGGGGAAGGCCUCUUACAUCGCCUUUUGGACCGAAGCGAUCCUGGCGCUUGUCGAGAGACACAAGGGUCGAAUAUCUGUCCAGGACCUCUCUCGGCUCACAUGCAUCGAGCAGGCAGAUAUCUUGGCAUGUCUGGAGCACCACGGCGUGUUGAAGAGCAAAGGUGACUGCUUUUUCCUCGUCCUUCCACAGCAAAAAAUCAAAUCUCUCAAGGAAGCAGCCGGACGCCCUUCGCGAACCGUGAAAGCCGAAGAGCUCCACUGGAUUCCUUACGACCGCUACCUCAUGCCAUUCGAGUACAGCCCCCAAGCCUAG